AUGGCCCUUUUCCCGGAGGCGCAACGCAAGGCUCAACAGGAACUAGACACAGUGCUUGGGGGCAAUCGACUACCCCAGUUUCAAGAUCGAGAAAACCUUCCAUAUGUGGAUGCACUAGUCAAGGAAGUUUUCCGAUGGCAUCCAGUUGCACCCAUGGCUGGUGCACACACGUCAACCCAGGAUGAUAUAUUCGAUGGUUACUUCAUCCCCAAGGGAUCCACUAUUCUUGCAAAUAUCUGGGGGUUUACGCACGAUCCAACCGUCUAUCACGACCCAAUGACAUUCAGUCCGGAGCGCUUUUUGAUCUCCCCCGACGGCAAACUCCCAGAGCGCGAUCCCCACAUGCUUGUGUUCGGGUUUGGUCGCCGAGCCUGUCCUGGACGUACCCUGGCAGACGCACAUGUCUUUCUCACUGUUGCUCAGGCUCUGGCUGUCUUCAGUAUCUCGAAACCGGUACAAAACGGGGUUACCGAAUAUUUCCUACCCAAGUUUCUCCCCGGUGUGAUUAGCCAUCCGGCUCCGUUCAAGGUGUCAAUUCGGCCGCGAAGUGCGGUGCACGAAAAGCUCAUCCGGGAAAUCGAACAGCAUCAUCCUUGGGAGAAGAGUGAUUCCAAAUCUCUCCCAAGUAUGUAG